UAAGCAACUUCAAGAUAUCUUUAUAAUCUUACCAUGUUUCGUCACAACUCAGUCACCUCACAGUCACAGCGUAUAUGUAAUUGAAAUUGAAAUUUUGGGUCAAUUGAUUCCACGGUUCCGAUUCCCGAGAAGAUACGUAUGCAACUGCUGUUCCGAAGCAAAACCCAUAAAUUUCCUCUUCGCGUCACUUUCAUUUGCUUCCCAUCUGUAGCCAUUUUUGUUCAUCCCGCUGAAGCUCCAUUAUCGGCUGUUUGCCUUCUUGGGUGGGUGGGUGGGAAUUGGGAUGGGGUUUGAUCUGGAAUCUGUGGCGGAGGCAACAUCGGGAGCCAUUGGAGCUCUGGUUAGCACCACCGCGCUCUACCCUCUCGAUACUUGUAAAACUAAAUAUCAAGCUGAGAAUCAAUCUCACCAUCACCGGAAGUACAGAAACAUAACUGAUGUCCUGUGGGAAGCAAUUUCAACUGGUCAUGUGGGUUCGUUGUACCAGGGUCUUGGCACAAAGAAUUUCCAGUCCUUUAUUUCAUCGUUCAUCUACUUCUAUGGGUACAGCUUUCUUAAAAGGAUCUACCUGAAGAGGAGUGGCAACCAAAAAAUUGGAGCAAAAGCAAAUCUGAUUGUUGCUGCAGCUGCUGGAGCUUGUACAGUCAUAGCUACACAGCCUUUGGAUACAGCAUCCUCAAGGAUGCAGACAAGUGAGUUUGGGAAGUCCAAAGGACUCUGGAAGACACUUGCGGAAGGUACCUGGCGUGAAGCAUUUGAUGGUCUCGGAAUAUCCCUUCUUUUGACAUCGAACCCAUCUAUUCAGUACACUGUGUUUGAUCAACUGAAACAAAGGUUACUCAGGACGCAGCUGAAGCAUGAAUCAGGUAUAGAGUCAUCCCCGGAAGCUCUCUCAGCCUUCUCUGCUUUUCUGCUUGGCGCCCUCUCGAAAUGUGUUGCUACAGUCUUGACAUACCCUGCUAUCAGGUGUAAGAUUGUGAUCCAGGCUGCAGAAUCAGAUCAAGAAAGGAACGAGGCAGAACAGCACGGUGCUCAGAAAACCGUAUCAGGGGCACUCAAAACUAUUUGGAAAAGAGAAGGCAUUCUAGGAUUCUUCAAAGGAUUACAGGCGCAGAUUCUGAAGACUGUGUUGAGCUCUGCAUUACUUUUGAUGAUAAAAGAGAAGAUUGCAAAGAGCUCUUGGAUCAUAUUGCUUGCACUUAGAAGGUAUCUCUUUGUAACCAAUACAAGAUUAAAGGGUGCUUGAGUUUAAGCAUCAUACUGGAAAACUUUACAAGUGAUACUAAGAUUUAAGAAAGUCCCAAUUGGAUUUCUGCAAUCUGCAAAUUAAAGGAAUGAACAACAGAUUAUAUAAUGCCUUGUUUAAUAUGUUGCAUGUCAUAGGCUGUAUCAGCAAUCAUUGUUGUCAUUAUCUAUUUUCGUUUAGUUUUUCAUGGCUUUUAGUUUUUAAUGGUCGGAAUGUAGCCCUUACUCAUAUGGAGUUCAAUAAGAGGGGUAAAAUUUGUAUGAACUGGUCAAUCUAAAGAUAGUGGUUAAAGCACCUCUAAAA